AUGAUCCUCGGUAUCGGCGUGGACCUCCUCCACCUCCCCCGCUUGAGCUCAUUAAUCAAGAGGAGGGGGGCGGAGCGCUUCGCACGUCGGAUCCUCACCCCACUCGAACUCGAGCAAUGGCGCAAGACCGACAAAGACGAGCUCCAACCCCGUGGGGCCGAGCUGUCGAAAGGAGACCCUGGGACGACAUUUUUGGCCGUCAGGUGAGUGGACACUUCUCCACAUCGCAGGUGAACGACAGGUCUCACUUCAUGCGCCAGGAGUGUGAAUUCGAUGACGUGACCGGCACGGGCGUAUAUGUGGCGAGACCGUGCUCAACCUUGACCACGUGGAGCUGGGUUUCUGAGUCUUCCGCUGUACCCCGGCAUCUAUGACGUGAUCAAUCUGACCACAGAGUUGGCGCUGCUCUACUGUUCGUGCUGUUGCUGAUGCUGAAAGUCGGGUUUCCCCCCACCUCGGGUCACUCAGAUGGGCAGCCAAAGAAGCGACGUACAAGGCCCUCUACUCCUCUCGACGCGUCACUUCAUGGCAGAACGUUCAGGUCGAAAAAUUACAUGGUUCCAGACCUAGCCUAAAACUUCUCGACGGAAAGUCGAGCUCGUCGCUGAUGUGCGAGGAGGCACUCGCAAAUUCUUCAUCCUACGCCGUGGGCGAGACAUCGUCGUCGUCGUCGACCCCGCGAUUGCACUUGUCCAUUUCUCAUGACGGGGAAUACGUCGUGGCCUAUGUCGUGGCCGAGGAGAGGUCGAAGUCGGGUUGA